CAGAACUAAGACAAGAUGCCGCACAUGGUUACAAUGGGUAAUGGCCAAAGCCAAUCUAUACAAGAAAUGUUGGGAUGCAUUGAAAGAUACAACCCGGAUCAUUUGAAGACCCUGGAAGCCUAUGUCGAGGAACAGGCCAAAAACAACACCUACGAUUUGGAAGCCAAUUUGGCCGUCCUCAAGCUAUAUCAAUUCAAUCCACAUUUGUUGAACUAUGAAAUUACCUAUACGAUCCUGUUGAAAUGUCUGACCAACCUGCCACACACCGAUUUUGUUAUGGCCAAAUGUUUGUUGUUGCCACAACAAAUGAAAGAUGAAACCGUUCAGACUAUCAUCGAAUUGGCUGAUAUUUUGGAACGUACCGAUUUUGUAUUGUUCUGGCAACGGGCCGAUGUCAACAAGAGCCUAUUCCGUCACAUCAGUGGUUUCCAUGAUUCCAUCCGCAAGUUUGUCUGCCAUGUUAUUGGCAUUACUUUCCAAACGAUUCGCAGAGAUUUGUUGAAGGAGCUUUUGGGUGGUAUUGAAGAUUCCACAUUGGACAAAUGGGUAAAACAAAAUGGCUGGAAGAAUCAAGGACAUUUGGUUAUGAUUGCAUCCCAGGAUGAGAAAAUCAAGACCAAAAAUAUUACAGAGAAAAUUGAAUUCGAUAAUUUGGGUGGUCUAAUGGCUCAGUGUUUGUAA